AUGGGCGGUGGGUCGUCCAAGGAGCUGGCAGCUGCUGAAGUGUGGCCUCCGGGCUGGCUGGAGAUUCCAGAGGGGCCGCGCCUGAUUGCGCGGACCGCGAUCCUCACCAUUUCGAGCAUGACUCCCGACGAGUUUUGCGCGAUGAGCGGCGCACCAUACUGCAUACCGGCGGAUCAGUGGGACUUUGCGGAGUUCCACGCUGCCGCGGCCGCCGCCGUGCAGGAGGACGCGAAGAUCAACAAACUGACGUAUGCGUGCGUGCCGCGGCGAAUGGACGAGAGCGACUUCUGGCGGCUCUACUUCAGCAAGGUGCUCUACAUUCUCGACUCGGUCAAGCAGCAUGGCACCUACCCUCCGCCGGUGGCGGAGCCGAGCGCCGCGCCGCCACCGCAGCAGCCUAGCGAGGAGGACAGGGGCUGCCUGGUCCAAUGA